CUGAAAAAUCAGUCAGUUGAGACAGUAAUUACUGACAGACAUAUGCACUCAAGAGGCAGACGGGUGAUUUAUUGACACUUUGGAGAAGAUCCCAGAAGAUUUUUGAUUACUUUUUUGUUCUUUGAUCAUUGUACUUUGUCAGAUCUUCCUUGAAUUUGGAUCCAUUGCUCAGUAUUAGUUCAGUACAGCAGCAGCUGACACACUGAGCAGCAUGUCAAAUGAGAUGAAGCUGGAGAACAUGUCUCUUCACCCUCUCGGCACAGCAGCUGCCCCUGAGCAGGAGCUGAUGUGUAUCUUUGGAACAGGGGAUCUAGGUCGUGUUCUCGGCCAGCGUCUGCUCCACUGUGGCUACAGGGUUGUAUAUGGAAGCCGCAGACCUCACAGCUGUGGCCCGCUGCCUCAGGGAGCUCAGGUGAUGAGCCAUGCCUCAGCAGCACAGUCAGCCAGUCUGGUCUUUAUUUGCCUUCACAGACAACACUAUGAGUUUCUGGAGCCUCUGGCACCUGUACUCAAGGGGAAGGUGCUGGUGGACGUCAGCAACAACCGUAAGAAGAAUCUAUAUCCAGAGACGAAUGCUGAGUAUCUGCAGAGGCUGACUCCUGAAGCUUAUGUGGUGAAGGGGUUCAACACCUUGUCUGCCUGGGCCUUACAGAAUGGACCCUGCGAUGCCAGUAGACAGGUAUACCUGUGUGGAAACAGUGGUGCGGCAAAGCAUGCAGUAUCAGAUGUGGCCACCAGGCUGGGCUUCAGUGUUGUGGAUCGAGGUUCUCUGACAGCAGCUGGAGAGUUGGAGGAUUUGACCCUGCAGUUUUUCCCAGAGUGGAGGCUGCCGCUGCACCUGGCUGUUUGCCUCUGUGCCUUUUUCUUCUUCUACACUCUCACUAGAGAUGUUAUCUAUGCCUAUGUUGUGCAGAAAAAAGACACCUCCUUCAGAAUCAUGGUGUCACUGGCAAACCAGGUGUUUCCCAUUGUGUCUCUGAUCAUGUUGGCUCUGUGCUACCUGCCUGGGAUUUUAGCUGCCUUCUUCCAGCUGUACAGAGGAACUAAAUACAGGCGCUUUCCCGACUGGUUGGAUCGUUGGAUGUUGUGCAGGAAGCAGCUGGGACUGUUGGCACUCGGCUUUGCGUUUCUACAUGUGCUCUACACUCUCAUCAUUCCCAUACGAUAUUACGUGCAAUACAAAAGAGGAGCAUAUAUCAUUUCACAGGUCAUGGAGAACAAAACGGACCCAUUUAUGAAUAUCUCCGCCUGGCGUUUUGACAGUUACUAUUCUGUGGGAAUUCUGGGAUUUGGCCUGUUCGUGCUGCUGGGAAUAACGUCCCUCCCCUCAGUCAGCAACGCUCUCAGCUGGAGAGAGUUCAGCUUCGUACAGUCCAAGUUGGGUCAUGUGACACUGCUGUUGUGCACCUUGCACACCUACCUGUAUGGCUGGGACAGGUUCCUAAAUCCGUCGACCUACAGAUGGUUCACUCCUCCGGGCUUCAUGCUGUCUUUGGUGGUGCCGUCUGUGGUACUGCUGCUCAAGCUGCUGCUCCUUAUACCCUGCGUGGACCGGAGUCUCACCCGCAUUCGACAAGGCUGGGAGAGGACUGAGCCAGGAGACGACGGGAAUAAACCACUCCUCACAUAGGACAGAAACAACUGCACACCCAGAUAAUCAGACACAGAGACAAGGCAUUCACAUUGUUUCAAUUCAGUUCACUUCAUUUAUAUAGUGCCAAGUAACAACACAAGUCGUCCCCUAAGUGCUUCACAGAGCAAGCAUGGAGACAAUAGUGGUGAGGAAAAACUCCCUGUGGCAUUUUUUGAUGAAGAAACCUCAAGCAGACCAGGCUCAGAGGGGUGAACUGCUGCUUAGGCCAUUCUAACAUUAAUCAAUGAUCAAAUCAACAAAUUGCAACAAAGAAUUUUCACACAUGCAAAACAAGAACAAAAGAAAAAAUGAGGUUCUCGUCCUUCACCAGCUGUCAUCCAAAAAUCUUUCUUAGCCUAGGCGCAUCCUCAGACAAGGGGGCCGCUAAAAAGGGGCAUCAACCCACUGCAAUAAUCUGUGAAAGAGUUGUUUUUGAAUUGUGUGUUCUGUUUUCUGUUCUCAAUCAUUUUAACAGAAAAUAGUCAACAACAACAACAACAUUCUUGGCAAAGGUAAAGUCCACACUACUUAUGCAAAGUAUCCAGCAUAUUCGUCAAAUUUUUCAGAAGUCGGCAUAUGCUGGCUAUUUCAAGGUAUGACAGGGUCA